AUGUGCGGGGGAUGCGCGGGCGACAGCGGGCGAUAGCGGCGCGGUGUCAAGUUGCGUGGUGAGUAUCGGCGCCACAGUGUGGGUGGCGACUGGAGGAGUCUCGGCGAGGGUGGCGAAUGGGUCGGAGUGCUGCAGUGCUGGGCAGUGUGGGCGGAAGGCCAGAGCCAGAAGUGUGCCAGAGGGCGCAAAGUCCGGACGUGCGCCGGCUUCAGGAACCCUCCAUCAAGGUAUCCCUGGACAAGGCCUACCGUAUUGGAAGCGUCUCGCCCCAAGCCUCAUGCAUCAUGCCUCCCUCUCCUUGCGCCCCUCGUUCCUGGACGAUCCAAACCCGACCCAGGACAAAAGCCAAUCACAGAUCGUCGGUAUGCAAAUUGGAAAAACCCCACAAGCCGAGGUCGUCACAACAUCGCCCUCUCCUGAUAACGGAUCAGCCUUCAACUUUCCCACGUCUCCCACGAUUGCAACAAAAUCACGUGACCUUUUACCGUUUUGAUCCCGCUCAUCCAUGCCAAACGGCGGAAGCAAAUUCACCCCUCCGUCUUCGAGUUCGUGAGCAGUCACAGUCUUCGUAUCCAUCCAAAACUCGUGCUGGCUCGCCACGACAUAUUGAUCUAGUCCUUGGUGAGUCUACUUGACAUGGGCACGCGCGCAUCACUGGACUCGACACGCCGCGCCGAUCGCACACUGCCAGAGCGCCGCGCACGCCGGUAUCUCGAACCGACGCUGGGAGAAGGAUGAGGCGAGACGAGGCGGCAAGGGAAGAGGGAAAGAGCUGCAGCGGGGAUGAUGAAGAGGAAGGGAACGGAAGGGAGCGCGUCCACAACGCAUAAGAGCAUUUUGCGAUAAUGAUGGAGAGUGGCACCGCGGACCGAACACGCGGAUUCGCGCGCCGAGUGUUGCGCAAGCGGAGUCAAGCAAGGAGC